AUGCCAAACAUCACAGACAGCACGCUGGAAGAACCAGGUCCCAGAUCAGGACAUUUGGGCGUGGCAUGGGAAGUCGGUGUUGUUUCCACCUUCAUCGUCGUUAUCGUCGCAGUCAUUGGAGUAGCGAUCUUUCAAAUCCGAAGAAGACAACGAAGACGACAGGCAGUUGAAAAUGACAACGCAACUCGCACCAGUAGUAAACGCAAAGGGAAGAAGUCAUCGAGUAUGCAGGUUGAGGUCAAAGACUUGGAGACGGGCCAGUGCGAGAUUGUAACAGAAAAUGUGGAUAGUGACGAGGAUGUUGAGACAGGAGACGAGGAACAGGCGCCCAGGAAAUCGAAGAAAACAAGAUCAUCACGGCCACAUACAAGUUCCCGGUCAAAGACAAAACCUAGUCGGCCGAAAAAGCCCUCGUCGCUGAAAAAAGCAGCUGAUUCCUCCACUGAAGAGUACUACUUCGAGCAUCCAUCACAAAAACCUCCGAAGUAUUAUUGGGACCAGCGGUAG